CAAUAGUUGGCGCCUGCGCGCUAAGCAACCCGCUAGGUUUGAAUUGGCAGCAGCGUUAACACGGACGGAGUCAAGCUCGGUGUGCUGGAAAUGGGCUUUCGGGGACAGCAGAGGGAACAGGGCGCGCUACUGCUGUAAAAAAAUAUUGAGCCCCCCCUAAAGCCCACCGCAGAUAUUGGAACAGUUAACAGAUGAAGUCCCAAUAUGGAGGAGAGGCCACCACAGAAAAGCCAACAAGACGAGAGCAUGAGGAAACAAGAUGUCUCUAUCCAACAAAUGGAAGAUGCACUUCUUUUCUUAAAAAAUGUUAAGAGCAAAGUCCCUCUAAAGGGAAACCACACCUUGAUCAGUCAUAUCUCUGCGGUAGAGAACCUUGGGCUUAAACAUGGGAUUCCUCCAGAUGGCAUCAAUAUCUUGCUUAACCUGGCACUGAGUGGCUAUCUUGUGGAUUCUUUAAAUGUGCGACUCAUGAAAUGUCUGAUUCCUGCAAGUGAAGUAACUCGAAGCAGUAUUUUACAGGCUGUGUCCCUGUUCUGUGUUGUGAAAUGUUCAACCAACACUCAGAUCCUGUUCCUGAGAUGGCUGAUCACUGUGUUUGAUUUUAUAACCUGCAAGGAUAUCCUCUCCUCCUUCUACAACUUUUUCUUCUGCUUUCUGAAUUAUGACAAUUUGUGUCCCUACCUCUGCCAUCUGCUGUACCUGCUUACUAAGAAGGAUCAUGUGAGACCUUUCCGAGUCCGUAAACUUUUGGAAUUGCAAAAUAAAAAGGGAUUGCAGCCUCAUCUCCUUGGCCUUCUUUCUGUAUAUAAGAUCUUCUGCCCUGAGCUGGUCACGCUCACUUUGCCCAGUAGGUUUAAGAGUUAUUUCAAAAGUUCCCAUUUCCUGUGGCGGAUGGAGCUGAAAGAGGUCUCUAAAAGAAAUGCUGGAGACCCUGCUGCUGACAGUAGGCUAAUUUUUGGCGACAAAGAACAAGUCCUAUCCUAUUCCCGCAAAAGGAAAUGGAACAGUAAUCCAAUGCCACCUGUGCAUGGCAUUAUUUGGGGCAAAGCUCCUGUCCUUGCUGAUAACCCGGUUUCCAGUGAGCAAAUGUUUCCUAUAGAGAGACUACAGACAUUCCCACAGCUGCUGGACAACAUCCACAGACUUGAGCUUCCCGCUCAGAUGGGCUCUGUUUUAAAAAGUCCUCUGUUACUGCAUUAUGUCAACUGCUUCAAAGAUGAUACACCAUUCCUGCGGCUAAACUACUGGCUGGCUUUUACAUUACAUGAAGAAUGUGCUUGGUACAAAGGGAACAAGCACAGCAAAGAGGAAGUAGAGGCCUUUCUGGAGACUGUGGCAAACACACAGCAGUUUUUGCAGGAAGGGCUUUAUAGCACAGAAGGAUUCCUAUACAAGAGUCUCCCGCACUGGAAUGGUUGUCACCGAUCCCAAAUCCUAGAUCUCAUCAGCUGGAUUCCACUCGGCCCUUCUUCAGAGAUGGAGGAGCUGUUGUACAAGCCAAUAGCCCAGAUCUUUAUUUCCUCUUCGGUAUAUUUCAAAUGCAGCAUUCUCGAAAGCCUGAAGGCACUACUGCAAAACUGGCUGAUCUGGCACUCUUUCUCCGUAGAGCGAAUGCAAACACAAAGCAUAAACAUGAACAGCACAAUGUCUGGCCUCUUGACCUCUGUGAAAGAUCUUAUUCAUUUUAUUGGACACCUGUCCACAUUGGGUCUGCAGAUUCACAACAGCUCUUUGCUUCUCCACUUUGUCCUGGACAUCUAUGAGCUGGUUUCUGAUAUGUAUGUCAGAUUCUCCUUGCCCCUGGUAGUUCUUCCCCCUCCUGGAGUAUUCUACCCUGCAUUGUUAAGCACCGAUUGUGUUAACCUAAACCAGCUGUGCUACAUAAUGUACAGGUACAGAACCAACUUGGUGACGGCAAAAACAAAUGAGAGACAGAUAAAGGCACAGAUGCAUCUGAACAUUCACAGCCACACCUUUCAGGAGUUCAACAAAUACCUGACUGCCAUGGUGGGCUGUCUUUGGACUUCACACGCAUUUCACCAAGACACUCACCCACAGGGAAUUCAGCUGGAAACACACCUGCUUGAAAGUUCUGGGGUUUUGACAUACAAAAAAGCCUUCAAUAUAGUCUACCAUCCAGCACUGAUUGGAUAUUGUGUGCAUUUCUAUCAUCAGAUAUUCUCAGAAGACAAGCAGUUUCGGCUCCAGUUGAUAAAGGGCCGGCUAUGGAAUAAGUAUCUAGAGUUUCUCUACAGUCAAGGACUAAAUGGUCUUAAACACUUUAUUGAGAGUAGUGUGAACCGCCUGGCUAGCAAUUCUCAGCAGCAAGAACCUUGUGACCUGCUCUCGUCAAAGUCUUGAGUUUUGCUUCGCACUGUCUGUGGUAUCCCAGCGGCCUGAAUUCAGUAACUGACUGACCCAAAUAUCCUAAUGACAAGAUGUGGUCCCUUACCUGAUCUAACCACUGUCUCUAAACAAGCCUGGUGUUGGCUUUUGAAAGUACCCCUUCUUAUUCAGCCAACGCAACUCCAAGAGAUGGGCUCAUAAGGACUAAUCAUGCGCACACUAUUCGUUCUGCACAAUCUUAGUAUUCUCUAUGUAUUCCGCUAACACCUGUAUUUGAGGAUCUUACAACACAUUCUGAAGUAUAAGCUCUUCCCGUUUGAUUUUCAUGGGAUAGCUUGCUCUGAAAAAUGUGAAGGCCUCCAGGUUCAAUAUUUGACUAUUGCUUAUUGAUGAAUUCACAUGUAAAACAUUUGCUUUUUUUGUAUAUAAACUGUAUAAUGCUGUAUAUAAGUGUACAGAAAUAAAUGCCUUUUGCCUUAAA